AUGGAGAAUGAUAAAUAAUCUUAAUUUGAGGAUCAUAUCUUAUAGAGAUUUACACUUCUAGAAUUUAAGGGCAAAGGUGCAUAUGGAGUAGUAUGGAAGGCACAUGAUAAAUAAACUAAAUCAAUUGUUGCUUUAAAAAAAGUGUUUAUAUAAUGAUAUUGCUUAGGUAUUUGAUGCAUUUCACAAUAAAACUGAUUCAUAAAGAACCUUUAGAGAAGUAAUCUUUUUGGAACAAGUAUCAAAAAAUGCAAAUAUCAUUAAAUUACUAUAAGUGAUAAAAGCAUAAAAUAAUAGAGACUUAUACAUGGUCUUUGAAUACAUGGAAACAGAUUUACAUAAAGUAUAUAGAUUCAAUUAAAUUAGGUUAUAAGAGCAAAUAUAUUAGAACCAAUCCACAAAAAAUAUGUUGUCUAUUAAUUAUUAAAGGCAAUUAAAUUUUUGCAUUCUGGAGACAUUAUUCAUAGAGAUUUAAAACCAGCAAAUCUAUUAAUUAAUGCUGAUUGUUUAGUAAAGUUAGCAGACUUUGGAUUAGCUAGAACAGUGAAUACUUCAAGUGAUGAUGAUGGUAAAUAUAAAAUUAGAAUUUUAACAAGUUCCCAUAUUAACCGAAUAUGUGGCUACUAGAUGGUAUAGAGCACCAGAAAUACUUUUAGGUUCAUAAAAAUACUCUAAAGCAGUAGACAUGUGGAGUAUUGGUUGUAUAUUGGGAGAGAUGAUUCUAGGGAAGGCAAUAUUUCCAGGAACUUCAACAAUGAAUCAAGUUGAAAUGAUAUUAGAAAUUUUGGGUACUCCAACAGAAGAAGAUAUCAAGUCAAUUGCAUCCCCUUUGGCAAAACAUAUCAUAAAUGAUUUUUAAUAUGUGAAACCAAAAAACUUUAAGACUGUUUUUAGUUAAGAAAGUGAUGAUACAUUAAGUUUCCUUAAAAAUUUGUUAGUCUUUAAUCCUUAAAAAAGAUUGACUGUUGAAUAGGCAUUAGCUCAUUCAUAUAUGGCUGAAUUUGCAGGUUCAGAGGAUGAAACAGUAAUUGGUAAAUUAUGUAAUUAAAUUCUACUAGAUUUUCCAAUUUAAACUUUUAUGGAUGACAAUGUAUAAUAUAGUAUAGAAGAAUAUAUGACAGCACUUUAUUAGCAUAUCAAUUAGAAAAACACAUAAUAAGUUUAACAAUAAAAUUGGUUUAGUUCACAUUAAUCUCCUGCAAAUGCCAGCAAACCUUCAAAUACACUUUAAUAAUCAACUACUCCUACUAGUGCUUUAGAUAAAAGAAAAAAAAAGGGGGAUUCAAUUGAAGGUUUUAAUAAUAAUUCAGAAAAUAAAUAAAUCAUAAAGUAAGAAGUCAAGAAAAAGGUAAGUGAAGACAAUCAAAAUUAGAAAAUGAGUGCUUUUGAAAAGUUUAAAUCAAUUGAAAAUAUGAUUAAAAUGUAGAAAGCUAAAUUAGGAACAAGUAAUGGUUAAAUAACUGUGUAAAAUAGUUCUAAAUUGUAAUAUGGUAAUAAAUCAGUCAAUAUAACAAGAGCUGAAAGUUUAAAAAAGAAAGAAGCCUCAUGUGUAUUAUAUUUUGUUAAUAUAAUAGGAAUUAUUAGUUCCAAGUCCAGCUGCAAAAUCGAAAAUUUAAAAAAUUGUUAGUUAAAAUUCAUUUAAAGAUCCCUAAAAAAUAUAAAUAAUUAAGUCUCAAUCAAAAUUACCCAAGCAUGAAAGUCAACAUGAUAAAUUCUUGAAUAAGAAAACUUAUUUAUAAUAUAUUUUAAGUGGGAAAGCUAAACUAUAAAAAUGA